AUGAUUGCAUGGAUAGAUAAUUUUUUAUGUUUUGGUCUUUCGCGAAAUUGGAAUUCGCGACACCUGUAUGAGAACAGUAGCAUACGUAGUCAGAUCAGUGGAUGUUUACGAUUGUAUGGAGGCGGUACUGGUGAAAGGGUUCGAGGAGUUACAGAUGAUGGCGAUGUUUAUUGCACCAGAAUUUUAUGGGUACAGGCUUGUCCAGUGCAUUCUAUCAUUUGCCGUUUCGUCCCUUGUCUGUCCCUACAGGACUUUAAAAUUGAAACUUCUCAAAUGUUUACUCGAAAUGUAAAGAUUUACAAGGUUAUAUUAAAUUACACAGUUAUAUGCCAACUUGACUCUGGAGCUUUGUUCGAUGUGGAGAUUUGCGCGCAUCUGGAUGGCAAUGAAGCUUAUACACGCUGA